GCGCCGGCAACGCGGUCCGCGGAUGCGUCACUCUCGCGGAUUCCAGGAAUCUUGCGCGCCGAAAGGUCUCCCCCCCACCACGACGCCGCCGCUGCAGAUUCUUGUAUUACCGGCCUGCAAGAGCAAACAAAACAAGGUGCCUGUCAAACAGCUGAUCGAUAUCACUGCACAUUUCAAUCGGGUCCGUUCAUUUCGAGUGGCACGUUCGUUCCGCGGCGUCCGCUGAACACGACACGCGUCCCGCUAUCGCGCCAACACCGUAAACGAUGUCCGCGAAACCGGCUCGUCUCCCCUAAACGCUGACGGGUGAAACGAUCGUCCGGUACGGUGAGUCGGCCCCGCGAAACCGGUGACAUAUUUUCGCGGAGUGUCAAUCAACAAGGAAAACAACAAAAAAAAAAAAUAACAUCCGAAAUUUCGUACACAAACAAAUAUGCCAUCCGCGCUGUUCGAACGAUUUCCAAUGCCGAACUUGAAAAUUUACACGGCCAUCAGUGUGGUGGCCCUCUCAGCUUGCGUCUAUUACGCCGUGCAGCACAUCAAGGACCCGAAAAAUUUGAUCCAGCCGGAAUCCGGCGGCGCAUCGGACCAAAUGCAAUUGAACAGGACGAACGCGACGGGUGAGUCCGGCAGGACCGCCACUCAAUUCAUCACAGAGGUGUUCUACUUGAUGAUUAGGGAAAACGUGUGCACUUGGACGAUGAUUAACAUGGCAUUCUGCUGGCUGAUACUGGUCGGUAGGGCCGUUCAAAAACUGGUAUUUGGCGAACUGAGGGUGUCCGAACAGCAACAUCUUAAAGACAAAUUUUGGAACUUCAUCUUCUACAAGUUCAUCUUCGUUUUCGGCGUCAUCAAUGUGCAGUACAUCGACGAGGUGCUUUUGUGGUGCUCCUGGUUCGCUGUUCUUGGAUUUUUACAUUUGUUAUCGCAACUUUGCACCGAUCGAUUUGAAUAUCUCUCAUUUUCACCAACGACUCCAAUAUGGAAUCACGUAAAAUUGAUGUGUUUAUUGGCAGGCAUAUUCAUGCUGUCAUGUUUCAUGCUUUUGGUCGCCGUCUUCGUUGGAUUCUUCGGGGGAAUUCACACGUUCGCAUUUAUGUCUGCAGAGGUAAUACAUUUGGGAGUCCGCACCCUCCAUACCAUCAUCCGCUACGGCCUGCAUCUAUAUGAUUUGAGACAAGAGGGUGCAUCACCUCCGCCUGCCACCGCCUCGGAAGAAAACAAGGUAUGGGAGCGUCGAGGCUCCGUGGCCUAUUACACAGAAAUCGGAUUCGAACUGACCGCAUUGAUUAUCGAUCUGCUUCAUCACAUCCACAUGCUUUUCUGGAGCAACAUAUUCUUGUCGAUGGCCAGUUUGGUAAUAUGUAUGCAGAUGCGCUAUCUGUUUUAUGAAAUUCAAAGGAAGUAUAAGAAGCAUAGGAACUAUUUAUGGGUGAGGAAUCACCUUGAACAAAACUAUCCUAUGGCGACGACUGAAGAAUUAGAGGAGAAUUCGGACAACUGUGCUAUAUGCUGGGAGAAGAUGGACUCUGCAAGAAAAUUGCCUUGUACCCAUCUGUUCCAUAACACUUGCUUAUUGUCGUGGCUGGAGCAAGACACGUCCUGUCCAACUUGUCGUACCGCCUUAAAUAUCCAGAGCAGGACGACUCGCCGCGACCCCGUCGAACUACAACAGGAACAAGAAAGGCCAGCUCGUCGUCAACUGAGUUUCUUCCACUUUGAUGGUUCCCGCUAUGUAUCGUGGUUUCCCAGUUUCUCUGUCGAGAUUAACCACGCAAACUUGCAACGCCAGGAACCGGCACCUGCUACCACCUCCCAACUCGAUGCCAUGGCCCGACAAGUGCAAACGUUAUUCCCACAUUUACCGCUAUCCAUCAUCAUUGACGAUUUAAGAGUGACCAGAUCGGUGGAAUUGACUGUUGAAAAUGUAUUGGACGGCAGACUGGUUGCCCCAACUUUAUUUAGGGAAUUGGAACCUUAUAACGGACAGAGUUAUUCGAUUUUGCAAAACGAUCAACCCGGUUCAAGCAGAGACUGGGAGGAUUUAACCACCAAUGAAAAUAUCGAAACUGAGGACCCGGCAAAUUUAGGUAGCCGCUUUUCGAAAUCAUCCAGCGAACGGGAGAAAAUUUUGCAGCGACGUAAGGAGAAACUGAUUCACUUGGCGAGAAAACGUUACAUCGAGAGGCAGCGGGCUGCCGCUCACAUGGUACACUCGCAGAACGCGAGCUGAACUGUCGCCCAGCUGAGGUCGCCAGUUUCACACACAUACAUAUACACCUCAUUCACACCUAGUACUCGAUUAAUUAUUAUGGAAAUUGUUCAAUAAACAAGUGUACUGUAUCGAGGAAGAUUGGAUGGAACUGGAUAAUUAACUUAUUUGUUUGGUCUUGGUCUUGUUUAACGAAAUAUUGAUUCCAAUUGUCUUGAUAUUGGGAGACUGUGGUUGCCUCAGUGGAACGGUAAGGAUUUUAUGUGACAUAUGCGAUUCCAUCCUCUCAUCCACACUGUGUUUUAACAAAUAGUUUAUAAUAAAUGUUUAGAUCCUUUACUGAAAAGCGAAUGAAAUAGUUUACAAUAUACUUAUAAUAUUUAUGUUUAAUAUAUUGACUGUUUUCUAUUUUCUUUUGUAUAUAAGUUUCGAGUUGUUAUUUAUUUGUUUAGCAAAGUAUGACUAUGAAGAAAAGAGAAGAAUAUUUUGAUAUGAAAUUUGUACGCUUAAAAAGCUCAAUAUGACAAAAAAUAUCACGAUAUAUUUUUUACUAGAUGGAUCGUGGAAACGUGCUUUGUGUACAGAUAUAUAUAAAUAAAGGCAGAAUGUGUAGUUUUAAAAUUGUAACUACUUAAACCAAUAUGUAAAAUACGAGUUGUUUGUUAAACCAUCUUUCAAAUAUUGGAAAUUUAUUAUAAUUUAAGUGGUUUUCGUAAACAAUUCGUAAAGUACAUGCAAUUUUAUCUUUGUAGUUAUAUUAUUAAAUGUACUAAACUGUACAGUUGGAGAUUUAAUAAUCAAUCAAAAUUUGUGCCACUAAUAACUUACCAUAAAGAUAAUCUCUCGCUUAUGCGUGAGAUAAAUCUUUAUAAGCAGAUAUGUGUCUUGUUUAUUAAUUGGUUCAAUGUUAAUGUUUAUUUAAUUUUACACAUAGUUAAUAAUUUAUAGAGGACCAGUGGGUUAUAUUUUUACAACCUACCUUUUACUCAGUAUUUAGUAUUUUCCUGUUCCUUAUAAAUUUACAACUUUGAAAGGUACCUUGUACUUACAUAUAUAAAAAAACAUAAUAUUUGAAUCAAUUUAAUUAAAACACACCUGACAAAAAUUACUUAUUUAUAUUGUUUUAUGCAUUUAACAUUAAUAAAUGGCGAAUAAACUUUGUACUUUUAUUAAGGAAACUUGAUUUUAUAUUUUUGUCAUGCAUAUUCUAUUUUGUGAUAUUUUUAGGUAGAUAAUGCUUGAUUUACUCGUCAUAUGCAAUGCAUCUUAUACAUCUUUUACAUAAGACUGAGUAUUUAGUGAUGUGCAACUGGAAUCUUUAAAAUGCUUACUAACCACAAUUCUAAUUAUUAAUAUAUCUUAAAAUAUUUCUCGAAAAGAUAACUCUUACAAACAAAGCUAUUUGUAAUUAUAUAACUUUUUCAUCUUUUCAAAAUUACAACGAAUUAGCUUACGGUAUGUUUUUGUGAAUUCCAGGAGCAUAUGACUAUGUGAAGUGUGAUAAUAUUAAUUUCUUUUCCGUCGAGAAAGAACGCUUUCGAACUUCAAACGGCUAUUCUAUAAUGGUUUCAUGUUACUUUUAAAGUGUUGGCUUCAAUUAAACUUAAUUUGUCUGUGGUCAACUGAACUUUUCGUCACCGAAACUUGAUGUUUAUGCCAAAAGCAAUAUUGCUUCUUCAGUUAACUAGAAAUAUACAUAGGGAGGUUGUAUUAAAAGUUCAGUUUAUUUUACCGUAUGUUACAAUGGCAGAAAAAAUAUUUCUUAACUUGAUGUAUAAUAUCAGUAUACAUUAAUAUAAAUAAAACUUAUGUGUAAAUUGGACUUAAAUACAGUCAAAAGUAAAGACACUGUGAUUGAAUCAUAAUUGUAGAUAUCUAUUGUGUAAGAUUGUGAUUCAACUUUUAAAUAAAUGGUGUCUUCUAGUUUUAACUGAGAAUAAUUAACCUGCCCAACAAGUAUGUGAAAUAAAGAAAAUGCUCACUUUACAAUUGUUCCCUGAUUGUAGUGUCGGCAAUCGUGUUAAACACGGUAAUGCAACUUUCAAACGAUUUUGUCUUAAAGUUUAAAUAAUCCAUAUUGACAAGGUACUAAAUUGCAAUGAUUCAGAUGUUUACUCCAUGAUAGUAAAUUUAAAGUAAUUGUUAUAGAUUGAUGAAAACUUGUACAUUAUUUAACAAGUCACUUAUGAAAAAAAUUAAGAUCUAAAAUAAAAUAACUAUAAGUCUUUCGUGAGAUCAGUUAAAACGUAUUUUGUCUAUAUGCGAGGCAGUGACAAUAAGAUAAGAUCGAGUCAAGUAGUGUAAAAUUGUUUAGGUAUAUUUCGAUAUAGGAAAUAUGUAAUUGCCAUGCAAACUAAUAUAUUGUGUGCCAGGUAUUUAAGGCCAAAUUUGUUUGAGUUAGAUACUUAUAUCACCCGCCCCUCCCUUUUGACUUACCGUACUUAUGUGUCUGUCCUUCAACCAAUAGUAUUAUUACUAUUAUGCUUAAUAUUGCUGUAUCAAUAAAUUUAUUGAAAUGUAA